UAAUUCAUACGCUUUUUAUUCUAAAACAAACAGCCACCGCUUAUUUUCCCAGCAAAUCUGUUCGUCGAAUAUAUGAUAACGAUGCCCUUUUUCCGAGUAUUUGUACUUUUGAUUUCCCGUUGAGCCUCAAGUUGUAUCGACUUGUUCGGGUCGUCUCAGGUUGUUCCACUUGCUGUGGUCUUUUUCCCGAGUUCAAAAUUGUGAAUUGAUCUCUUCUCACUAGAUUUAAGUGGGAUUUGUAUUGUGAUGGACGAUGGGGAGCUUGAUUUUUCGAACCAAAAAAUGAUUUCCGGCAAUAACAUAGGUGAUAUUCCUAGCAGUUGCUCGAUGGACAGUUUCUUUGAUGAAUUAUUCAACGAUUCCCAUGCCUGUACCCAUACACACACUUGCAACCCACCCGGCCCCGAUAACUCUCAUACGCACACCUGUUUUCAUUUUCACACCAAAAUCGUGCCUGCCUCAAGUGAAGAUAAUGUUGCUGUUGAUGAUACGGCCGAGUCUAGGGAGAAGAAAUCGAAGAAACGUCCGUUAGGUAAUCGAGAAGCUGUUAGGAAGUAUAGGGAGAAGGUUAAGGCACGAGCUGCCUCUUUGGAGGACGAGGUUGUUAGAUUGAGGACUGUGAACCAGCAGCUGGUGAAGAGAUUACAAGGUCAGGCUGCAUUGGAGGCUGAGGUCGCGAGGCUUAAGUGUUUACUUGUUGAUAUUCGAGGAAGAAUCGAAGGGGAGAUUGGAUCAUUUCCUUAUCAGAAACCAGCAACUAAUGUUAACAUGAUGAAUGUGCCUGGUGGUGCUUAUGCGACGAAUCCCUGCAAUGUGCAAUGCAAUGAUCAGAUGUAUUGCCUUAAUCCUGGAGGAGAAGAUAAAACAGGAGAAGCUGCUGCGCUGAAUGGACAAGGAUUUAAUGGUUGCGGCUUUGACAAUAUUCAGUGCUUGGUGAAUCAGAACUCUGGAGCAAAUGAACUUUCUACUGGUGGGGUUAGAAUUGCAGGGUCCAAUGGCAAUUCUUCUAGCGCUAAAAGGAGGAAAGCUACAACAGGUUGAUGAACAUGCGGAAGAGGGUACAUAUUUGUGUUCUAACAAGCAGUUUCCUUUGGAUGCAUAACCUUCUUCAGUCAGGUUGCAUUGCUUUUUUUUUUAUUUUAUUUUUUCAUUUUCUGCUCUCUUUUUUUGUUUUUUCAACCCUACUUAUAGGUUAUUAGAGGUGGGUUUUGGGUGUUUUUAGUUUAUGGUCUAAAGCCAACAAACUUGGGAAGCUGAAACUUCUGGAUUUUUAUAAUAUGUAGCAUUUAUGAGUAGUGACAGACGGUCUGGUUUCCAUCAAGUUAAAACUUGGCUCAAUUAAACGCCUUAUCCCAUCUUCUUACUCACAACGUAUGAUAUUCAUCGGGAAUUACUAUCAAUGAUGCUGUUCUCUGUGGUGUUUUUCUUCUUUCUAAGGUAUAUGAGCUCUGUUAUUUCUGAACGACAGAAUAAGUGAUGGAAUAACUUUGAUGUUUCGAAAGUGUGAGCCCUUACCAGGUGAGUUACAAGUUCCACUCCUUGCAGUCAUGCUUUGUGAUUCGCAUAGGAAGCUAUGAAUUAGCUUGCAUUGGUUUCGGCCUUUCCUAUUCCGGUUUUGCAUGGCAUUGACAAAGCACAGGAAGUUUGCCUUUUGCAUAUGAGCAUUCUUUAGCUGUGGGGUUGCCUACUCGAGAGUGAAGUGGCCGUCCUUCAAUCGAAAAUUAUAGUCUGUAAGUGAUAACGGACCCCAGAGAUUAUCCCUCGUCUACCUUGCUAAUGCUACAAUGCUGGAGUUGGAACGAAAACA